CUCCUUCGUGCUCAGUAUGAGUCGAGCGCGCGACCAGCGCGAAUGGUCCGUUUGAGUUGUCGCAGUCGUCGUUCCGCGGCACGAAGUGAAGUGCAUCGUAAGGGCGCAACACGCGUAGCCUGAACGAGAAUAACAAGUUGAAAGCUCGACGACGCAAAGGAUAACAUAUGACAACGGAUAUCCGGGGGGUUUGUGUUGUGUUUAAGAUAAAGAAAAAAAAAGUGUUGUAAUCAAGGGUGGCAACAGUGUUAGUGCGAGAUUCCGGAAAUCCCUGAGGGGUUCGAUGUCUCUCGAGUAUUAAAAAAUAAAGAAAAGUGUAAAACGCGAGUGAUAACUUCUAGGGGAUUUCUUUGAUUAAUAAAAGUCUGUGCGACGUGGUGAAGGAAGGUGUUAAGGAGAAAUGUAUCGGCCAGAUAUAUUGUGAUGCAAAAGUGCCACCUUAUAUAAUUUUUUAGUUCGCGGUUUGGUGAUCGUCCGCGACCCGUCGGGAAGUUAUCGCUCGACGAUGGCUGUGAAGUGGCCGCGAAGGUGGUGCGCGUCGAAUGAUAAGGCGGUCGCGCUCAUCCUUGUCGUUUUAUACUGCAUCGCGGUUUCAAGUGCUGGUGCAUCGUGUCAUUGGUCGCCUGAAGGAAACGACACGCGUUCGGCGGUAUGCAAUCUUCGUACGUUGGAUCCAGUAGCCGUCGCGGCGCUUCUGCCGUCCUUGGACGGCGCCCUGAAGCUCAAUCUCGGAUGCAGCGACGUGCACCUCUUCGAGAGCGUCAUCUCCGGCGAGAGCUGGCACCGACUCAUCGGACUUCACGAGCUUCAUAUCCAGGGUUGUAAGCUACUUCGUAUACCGGAAGCUGCGUUUCAACCCUUGGCCGAGCUCAAAAGGCUCGUCCUGGAAACGUACAAUACUGACUGGGGUGUCGGACGCACCUUGGAGCUCAUCCCCGAUGCCUUCGCUGGUUUACGUGAACUCCAGACUCUGGAGAUCAUCGACAGCAACCUCAGGGUCCUGCCACCUAACGUGCUCUGCGAACUUGGUAAUCUUCAGGUCCUCAAUCUGACCGGAAAUCGGCUGCACGAGGUCAGCGACGUUGGCCUCGCUGAUAGUCGUGCCAAUCGUGCCAACUGUCAUGCUGACAUCCGUGCCCUGGAUCUCUCGCGCAACGAGAUACGUAAUUUGCCUGAAGAGAGUCCUCUCUCCGGACUCAGACAACUUCAGGAACUUCACCUGCAGCACAAUUUCAUCAGCGACAUUGCUCCCGAUGCCCUCACCGGACUUACAAGUUUAAGGAUCUUUAAUGCGAGUCACAACAGACUGGAAAUUCUUCCCGAAGGAUUGUUCGCUAGCACUCGUGAUCUUCGCGAGAUUCAUCUGGAGUUCAACGACCUGAGGGACCUACCCCGUGGCAUUUUCACCAGACUGGAGCAACUCCUGGUGCUCAAUCUGGCUGGCAACAGACUGGGCAGCGAUCGCGUCGACGAUGCUACGUUUCUUGGUCUUAUCAGACUCAUCGUCCUGGAUCUGUCACAUAAUUCCCUGACGCGCAUUGACGCACGCAUGUUCAAGGACCUCUUCUUCCUGCAAAUCCUUGAUCUACGCAACAAUUCCAUCAAUCACGUCGAGAGCAAUGCUUUUGUUCCUCUCUACAAUCUUCAUACCCUGGAACUCUCUGAGAACCGAUUGCAUACGAUCGGCGCGCAGCUCUUCAAUGGUCUCUUCGUUUUGAAUCGGCUGACCUUAUCUGGAAACAUGAUCGUUUCCGUGGAUCCAUUGGCAUUUCGGAAUUGCUCUGACCUGAAGGAGCUCGAUCUCAGCGGAAACGCAUUGACCAGCGUGCCUGAGGCUCUUCAUGAUCUUCCCGUCCUGAAGACUUUGGACCUUGGUGAAAAUCAGAUAACUGAAUUCAAAAAUGGCUCCUUUCGGGAGCUACAUCAACUCACCGGUUUACGUUUGAUCGGCAACAACAUUGGCAACCUUACCCGCGGCAUGCUGUGGGACCUGCCCAAUCUUCAAAUUUUGAACUUGGCACGAAAUAAAAUUCAACAUGUGGAGAUCGACGCUUUCUCGCGGAACGAACGUCUCGAAGCUAUACGCCUCGACGGCAAUUUUCUCUCGGACAUCAACGGCGUCUUCGCCAGCGUCACCAGUCUGCUCCUUCUGAACUUGUCCGAGAAUCAUAUCGAGUGGUUCGAUUACGCCUUCAUACCGAGCAAUCUGAAGUGGCUCGACAUUCACAGCAACUUCAUCCAGAGUCUGGGAAAUUAUUACGACAUUCGUGAAUCCAAAGUGCGCACCCUGGAUGCCAGUCACAAUCGGAUCACGGAAUUGACACCGACCAGCAUACCCGACAGCGUGGAGUUGCUGUUCAUAAACAACAAUUACAUAAGUGUCGUGCAUCCUAACACCUUCACCGGUAAGGUCAAUCUUACCCGGGUGGACAUGUACGCCAAUAUGAUCCAGACCAUGGAAUUGACAGCCCUUCGGUUGACCCAGGUCCCCGAGGGUAAGUCCCUACCUGAGUUCUACAUUGGCGGCAACCCUUUUAACUGUAACUGCUCCAUGGACUGGCUACCAGUGAUAAACAACAUGACCGCGCUGCGUCAGCAUCCGCGCGUCAUGGACCUGGAUAACGCCAUGUGCACCAUCUCUGGUCCAAGGGGCACAGCGAUCGUACCAGCCUCCGUGGCAAAACCUGAACAAUUUUUGUGCCGUUACGAAGCGCAUUGCUUCGCACUCUGUCAUUGCUGCGACUUCGAUGCCUGCGACUGCGAGAUGACGUGCCCCUCGGAUUGCAAGUGUUAUCACGAUCAGACCUGGAACACCAACGUGGUGGAUUGCUCGGGACUGGGUGCACCUGAGAUUCCACGAAGAAUCCCCAUGGAUGCUACCGAAGUGUAUUUGGAUGGUAACGACCUGAGGGAGUUGCAGAACCAUGUGUUCAUCGGAAGGAAGAAUAUGAGAGUACUCUAUGUGAACGCAAGUGGCAUUGAGUCUAUACAGAAUCGUACAUUUAACGGCUUGAAUAAUCUUCAGAUUUUACAUCUCGAGGAUAACAGGAUUCACGAGCUUAAGGGUUUUGAGUUUGAACAUUUGUCCCACCUACGUGAACUCUAUUUGCAGAAUAAUUUGAUUGGUUAUAUUGGUAACAUCACCAUGCUGCCGUUGCACAGUUUGGAGAUUUUGAGACUGGACGGGAACAGGCUUGUCACCUUUCCUGUCUGGCAGGUUAUCCUGAAUACCCAGCUGGUGGAGUUAUCACUGGGUAGUAAUCCUUGGUCCUGUCGCUGCAAAUUCCUCCAAGACCUCACUUCCUGGGUGGCGGAUAACGCCCAUAGGAUCAUCGACGCCAAUGACGUCUGGUGUUACAAUAACGAGACGCGUCCGGCGUACCGACGUCGUUUGAACGUGAAUGAAACUGCCUGCUCGGAUUACUUUGCCCAGGGUGGUGUUAUCGAGAGUAUCAUGGUCUCGGAUUAUCUACCAAUGGUGGCGGCAACACUGUCGGCUGUCUUACUCCUGCUAGUGGUGACCGUCCUGGCAUUCAUAUUCCGCGAACCGGUACGUACGUGGGCGUACUCUCGUUACGGGGUCCGACUCUGGGCCAAGACGGCGACGCCUGACGACCGGGACAGACUCUACGACGGCUACGUGUGCUACAGCCCGAAGGAUGAGGAUUUUGUGCUGCGCUCCCUGGUUGCUGAGCUGGAACAUGGCGUAGGAGGUGCACCAGGUGCGGGUGGACUGAGACUGUGCCUCCAUCAUCGUGAUCUACCUUGUCUCAGAGCGGCUGCACCAGUUGUUCUUGAGGCUGCCGAGGCGUCGCGACGCGUGCUCAUCGUGCUCACGAGAAACUUCCUUCAGACUGAGUGGUCCAGGUUCGAAUUUCGCGCCGCCGUCCACGAGGCUCUACGCGGACGUCCCGGUCAGCUCGUCGUCGUGCAGGCUGGUCCGGUUGCUCCGGAGGCUGAGGCUGAUCCCGAACUGAGGCCGUACCUACGCACGGCCGUGCGUCUUCGCUGGGGCGAGAAACGCUUUUGGGAAAGACUGAGAUUCGCGAUGCCUCCCGGCGACGCCCUCAGACGCAAACCGUCGUCCUUGUACAGGAGGAACGUGAACACCUACACCCUGGAGGGUAGAUCGGAAAAGGGUACGCCAACUCUGAGGGUCCAUGGCCACAUCGCGGGACACCAUCCACUCUUCAAAGACGCACCGGAACUCCUUCAGGCGCCUCCGGCUUAUUCCAGCACCGCGACGCUUAGCCAUAACAGCACCAGGAACGAGAACUGCAUCGGCGCUGGGAUGGUCUGCGGAAGGGAGACUCCGGUGAGCACCGCAAGUCCUAGUCCGAGAUUGACCGUCAAUCAUGCCUAUCAGGAUGCCGGUAUGGAGGGUAGCGUCCUGACGCAGGGCGCCGGUAGGCGGCCACUUUCCGAACACAUAUACUCUUCGAUUGACUCGGAUUACUCGACCCUGGAGAGGAACGCGUGGAGGCAGCAACAUCAGCAGCCACCACCUUCCGGACAGGCUUACCUGGUGUAGCUUGUUCACCGUCUUGGCUACGUUAGUCACGUUGCUGAGUUCAUCUCGUCGGCUUCCUGGUACUCUUCGUGGAUCCACGGCUGGAGUGUCCUUGGGACGUCGGGUAACUUCGGCCUACCUCGUCUCUUUCCGGUUAGACAUCCGGAUUCUAAUAACGUAGGUGCUCUCCCCCAAUUUGCUGUGAAUGUUGCAGUGUCGUAUUUUACAUUACCGAUGGCCUACCUCGCCACUGACUGAUUAACUAAUUAAUCUCACUUACUUAAACGUUAUGCUUAAUUAAAUGGUCGCGCGCAACGGCCCUUAAUACGCGCGACACGGCUGUAAAUAAUUACUUAUUAUUAUUGUAUAUGUAUAUGUAUAAAUUGCGAUGUCCAGCCGAGAGAAUGUAUUGCAGUCGUAUGGAACGAGAAAGAGAGAGAGAGAGAGAAAGAGAGAGACAGAGAGAGAACUGGAGAAAAAUGUGCAUGAAAAACUAAGAGAUGAAUGAAAUUUCAGAGAGAGAGAGAGAGAGAGAGAGAGAGAGAGAGAGAGAGAGAGAGAGAGAGAGAAUAAUGCGUUUAAGAGUACGAAUUUAGAUAGGCAAUUUUUUGUAAUUUUAUAUGAUUGAGAACGAAGCCUGUUGUACGAUAUGUAAAUAUGUAAUAUCGCCUCGUGUAAGAUAUAUAUAUUCAGCGUAAAAUGAAGAAAAAAAAUUAAGCAGAAGUAACCGAAUAAAAAAAACGUUACCUACGGAUCGUACAUAUUUAUAUAUACGCGCAUAUACCUAUGUACGCAUGCGCCUGGGUGACGAGUAUAUACGAAUUGUAUAUUGACUAUACUAUGAUUAUUUAAAUUGUGUGAAUAAAUUUAUAACUUAUGUUAUCAUUUCGAUUAAAAUCUGAACAAGUAAAUUUCA